GCUAAUUCUCUUCAACUUGACAAUGCUAACUCAUGUACAGGUCAUUCAUUUCGAAGAUCGUCUGCUACAUUUUUGUUGAAUCUGGGGGAGACUUGACGACACUAAAGAAAUAUGACGAUUGGAAGUCAUCAACGGUCGCUAGAAGGUAUGACAGAAAUAGCUAACAAAGUGUUUAGAACGUGUUGUAGUGCUGAAAUAACACCGGAUUUGGCAGCUAG